CUGGGAACUUUCUCAUGAACUUAAGUGUGGCUCACUGAAGCUUCCGUCCGUUCCCCAUCAUGCUCUGUGCCGCUGCUAGGCGACGACAGAUAAAAUACCAUCGAAGAAUGGCUGACAGAUAAAAUACCAGCAAGGAAUGGCUUUGCUCAAAUAACAACGUGGGCUACAAAGCUGCAGGAUUAGUCUUUGUCCUAAGCCAUGGAUUGGCCAGAUGAGAGUCAAUGGGAUGAAACCACCUGCAACAUGGCUAUUUGUCAGCAUCCGCAAUGCUGGGCAGCUCUCCGCAGGAUUGAGAGGGGCCAUCCUCGAAUCCUGGGCUCACCCUGCAAAACUUUUCUGAAUAUUGAAGAGAAACUCCCAGUGCUCACCAUUGUAAACAUCUCAGAUUCCUGCCUCCAGGCCAAGAGAUGUGCUCAUCAAGAAUUGUCAAAAUUUACCUUCACCAAGGCUCAUCCUUUAUUGUCUCAGUGCUCAAAGAUUGAUGCCAAAUUCCAAGGCAGGCAUCGGAAGGGUUUACCUGACAAAAGAUUGAUCAGCUCUGCUAAGAGAUCUUCCAAACUUCCAGUGUUAAAUUUGAAUGAGACAAAACUUCCUUGUCCUGAAGGUGUCAGAAAUAUGGUUGUAAUCUGGAUUCCAGAACCAGAGAAGAAUGUGAGCUUAGCUAAGAAGACACAUACUUUCCCCAGCCAGGAUGGGAAGGAGGAAAGAAAGAACUCGGCAGUGGAAAAUAAGCCACCUCUGGAUCACUCUGAAAGGAAGCAUACAGAGAUGCAGCUGAGAUUUCCAGAUGUGAUAGUGCCGCCCCCCUCCCCAGUACACUCUUUUGAAUCCAUACCUGGCUGGAGCAAAUUUGCCAUGCUGCCUGAGGAUCUACUAAAGGACCUUUUAUCAGAUGGAGGGAAAACCAUGCCUUGUCCGGAGAUGAAGAUACAAUUGGCCAUGAUGAAAAAGAAGCUUCCCCUGGAAAAGAACCGACCCGAGAGAGCACUUUCUUCUAAGAUGUUUCUGACUAUACACCGCCUCACCCUGCAAACACCAACAUUAAGAUAUUCUGAACAUUUGAAGAAAUUACAUUGUAACCUGCAGGGAGAAGAUUACAGAAAGCAGCAGCAACAUCAUCAGCAGCAGAAGAAGAAGAAAAAGAAGAAGAAGAGGAAGGUGAAAACACCUACUAAGAAAAAGGAGGCUACAGAGAAAGCCACGAGUGACCCAGGGAGCCAGACAACUGCACAGAAGCAUUCCAUUUCCAUCGAUCUUAAUCGUCUCCAUGGUCCUGAAAUAUCUGAGGCAGAAGCCACUAACAAGGACGUUAGUGCUCCAGAGGAGGCUGUUCUGGAAGGUCCAGUUGCCAGUGGACAAAACAUUUCAGGACAAAUGACUGGAGAAAGCUGGAACCCUGAGUUCAAACUACUGAGGAUUCUUCAGCCCACUGAUGACGAGAAUGAGAAGAACCAGCCCUCUGGGGCACAGAGUCAGAAGUCUCUGCAGACAUAAGCUGAAGGCAUCACUUAGGCCAGCCUUAUCAGAUACCUCAGAUACCAGGUGUCUGAGGACAGUGACCUUUGACAUAGGGUAGAAAAAAGAGGGGAAUUCUGUUCCAGAGGCUUCACCAGGGCCUGAGUUUAGAGAUUUUUCAUUUACUUCUAUUGGCCUCUAAAAUAUGUGAGGGAGAAGAAGCCCUUUUAAACGUAGGUGACUUCUCCAUUGGGAAGGUCCAUUUAAACGUAGGUGACUUCUCCAUUGGGAAGAAUAAUUUUAAUGAUUAAACACAACUGCUUCUCAAUCAGAA